GCUGGCAGUCCUAAGAGGUCAGAAAGGUUGGCUGGCUGUUUGGCUUGUGGAGGGUGGCUGGUUGUCAGUCCUAAAGGUAGAGCGGGGGUUGGUUGACUGUUUGGCUUGUAGAGGGUGGCUGGUUGUCAGUCCUAAUGGUAGAGGAGGGGUUGGUUGGCUGGCCUAAGGAUAGAGGGUGGCUGCAUCAAAAUGUCACAUGAAAACAAUUUUAGAUAUUUUUUUGCUUAAGUUUCUGAUGUUUUUAGUUUUCUUGUCAUUGUACAUAAUAUCACCACACUUGGUAAAUUUAUUUAUCUGUUUAACGUAUUGGUUUUCAAAGUUCCCAUCAAUUCAGGAUCUCUUUUGCUCCUCUCUUCACAUAUCAUUGCUUCAGUAAGUCAGAAACCUUGAAUCGGCUGACUCAGCUCUUCAUUUCAGUGAAAAUCCUGCCAUAGUUGUUCUGUGUUAGACUUGUACCUGCAAGAAUUUUCGAUUUAUCAAACUUUCCUAUGGCCAAUUAAAACAAAUGUUUCUGUUCUUUAUACAGCCUCAUCACUCAUUCAGUAGUGACCAAUUAUUUAUUUCUUACAACAACUUUUCCCAUAGGAUUCAAUUUUUUCCCCCUAAAUUUUGGUAACUGUGAUGUAUCAGACACUGGACCUUUUUGCUCAGUUGUGUCGUGAAAGAAGAUACCCAUAUUUGAGGCUGGAUGGAACAACAUCAAUUAGUAAAAGACAGAAGUUAGUGAAUCAAUUUAAUGAUCAAUCAAAGGAUCAAUUUGUGUUCCUCUUGAGCAGCAAGGCUGGUGGUUGUGGCCUCAAUUUGAUUGGUGGAAAUCGACUAGUCUUGUUUGAUCCUGACUGGAAUCCAGCAAAUGAUAAACAAGCUGCUGCAAUAGUCUGGAGGGAUGGACAAAAGAAGAGAGUAUACAUCUACAGAUUUUUGAGUACAGGAUCAAUUGAAGAAAAGGUGUUCCAGCGUCAGAUGUCAAAAGAAGGGCUUCAAAAAGUUAUCCAGCAAGAGCAAACGGAUACAAAGCAGGUGAACUUUCUUUCAACAGAAGAUCUACGUGAUCUUUUCACAUUUCAUGAGAAUGUGAGGUCUGAAAUUCAUGAAAAGAUGAACUGCAUCCGUUGCCAAAAUUACAAUGAAAAGAUUGAGAGCAUAGAAGAAGGAGAUGAAAAUGAAUCAGCAAAUGUAAAUUGUCAAUCUGAUCCAGAAACCUCAGAUAUAGGUGGAUUUGCAAAAAUUGCUGGAUGCUUGCAUAAGUUAAAGAGCUCGGAGAAACAGGUAGGGACUCCUCUAGAAGAAGAUUUAGGUAGUUGGGGGCAUCAUUUCUUCUCAACAUCAAUACCUGAUCCUAUAUUGCAAGCUUCAGCUGUUGAUGAGAAAAUAUAGAUCAGCUGCAUUAUUUAUUGGGUUCUCAAAGUUACUCACAAGUUCCUCUUUUGGAGGUUCAUAUGGAGGCAUGUUUUCAAGUUCUGCUUCAGCAGCAGCAAGAUAAAGUUAGCUUUAAUUAUUCUAUGUUUCCGGGAUUCUUCUUGCUUCCUCAGGUCUUCCAUUUCUUUAUAUUUUUUCCUAAGGGGUAUUAGAAAGAAAUAUAAAGAAGUGGAACACGUGAGGUUGCAAGAAGAAUCUCGGUAACAAAGAAUCAUUAAAGCUAACUUUUUCUUGCUACUUGUAAAGCAGAACUUGAAAACGUGCCUCUAUAUGAACCUCCGAAAGAUGAACUGGUGAGUAACUUUGAGAACCCAAUUAUUGCACCUGAUUGGAGUAAGCUGCCAAAACGGCAUGGUGCAACUUCUGCGGCUCAGAAAAACCAUUUGUCUGGCUUGCACAAACCUUAUUUGAAGCUAUCUUUUGACACGGUUCAACAAUUAAUUGAUGUGAAGAGUGACCUAUUGCAUGUCGUUCAAAGAAACCAGGAAAAAUUUGAUGUUGCAGAAGCAUAUGAGUCCAUUAUAGCAGGGAAAAGAGAACAAAGGCCUCAAGAUUUUGUAGACUGUAUUGUUGAUCUCCGCGAAGACACUGAGAAAUUGAUGACUCAGAUGUACGAUGUGGGCAAUGGUAUGACGUUAGUGUAUCCAGUACUGGUCUUAUGCUGGAAAAAGAGGACAGAUCUUUUGCAACGUGCUGAAGUGCAUGUUUGUGCAUUUGAUAUUGAGACUACAAAGCUUCCUUUGAAAUUUCCUGAUGCUGAAUACGAUUUAAUAAUGAUGAUUUCGUACAUGGUUGAUGGACAAGGGUACCUGAUUAUUAACAGAGAGCUUUCCUGAUAAGAAAAGAGUUGGGGGAGAUAACGUGGAUAGUUCCUUUGAAGCCUCAGACCGAAUAAAGAUGGUAA